AUGAUAUUCGGUCUGCUAUGCCUUAAUACGAACAUUGGCAUUGAUCAUGGUCUUCAAGUCAGAAACGCUGUUCCCGCCCUGUACUCGAAGGUUGAGAGGAGUCAGGUAGGAGUAUUGAGGUGCCAAGCGGCCGUCGACGAUGAGAAUCUCAACACCGAUGCGAAAUGUCAGGUGAAUGGAUAUCGCAGAGAAGUGCUCGGUGUGGGAGGCGACUUAUCCGCUGCCUUGCAUAUAUGUUCUUGUUGCUCAACCCGUAUCUGUCUCUCGCUUCCGAGCGCCGAAAUGAUAGAUAUUAACGACAUGGCCAUCCAGUGGUCACGACAUCGUGCAAGGGACUUCGUCACUUGA